AUGAUCACUAGUUCCGGGGGAGCCUCCUCGAAGUCGAAGGCUGGGUCGUUGCAGCCCUCGGAAACUUCGUUUAAGCGCAAACGAGGAUUCUUUCAGAAAGAAUUGCAGCAUAUGAUGUAUGGUUUUGGAGAUGACCCAAAUCCGCUUCUAGAGAGUGUGGCACUUGUGGAGGACAUUGUUUUGGAGUGUAUCACCGACCUGGUAAAUAAAGCCCAAGAUAUUAAAUCAAAGAGGGGGAAGCUAUCAGUUGAAGGUUUCCUGUAUCUGAUACGCAAGGACUUGCCAAAACUUAACUGGUGUACAGAGUUGCUUUCUAUGAAUGAGGAGCUGAAACAAGCCAGGAAGGUUUUUGAGUCAGAUGAGGAGAAGUUGAGGAAGGUUUUAGAGGCAGAUGAAGAAACUAGAUGGAUUUGUGUGGUGGUUUUAUUCUACUUGCAUCUGUUCAUACUUUCUGGUAUGGUAAGAUUUUAUGGUAAGAGUAGACCCCAGUAAUUUU